AUGGAGGAUUAUAACAGAUCAAGAUCAUAUUCAUAUUCAUAUGGGGCUGGAACGAUGCAGAUGGAGAGUUAUUAUGGUCCACCAAGACCGCCCACCACUUCCUAUGACCUCAGGUCCUACAGUGCCUCCUAUGCACAAUCCCAGAUGGCUAACAACGGCUACACCACCAAGGGCUUUAAGCUCAAGAAAGGCAAGAGCACUUCUGGGUCUUCUUUUUCUUCAAAGUCUUGGAGCUUGAGUGACCCUGAGUUUCAAAGGAAGAAGAGGGUUGCUAGCUACAAAAUGUACACUGUUGAGGGAAAAGUUAAACUUUCUUUUAGGAGGAGUUUCAGGUGGCUUAAGGAUAAGUACUCCCGGGUUGUUUAUGGAUGGUGGUGA